GAGUGAGAGUGAAUGUGUGAAUGAGACGAUGCCAACACAUGCAAGUGAGUGUGACAUAGUAGCCUGCGCGGACGGACGUGAAAAUACAACAAGUAGUUUGAAUGUUGCCUACACAUUAUGUGUGUUGUUGCUGUGUUUGCAUGUGUGUUUGUGUGAGUGGUGUGUGUGUAGUGAGUGUGUGUGUGUGAGUGUGUGUGUGUGUGUGUGUGUUGGCCAUGACUGGAAAGUGUGAACAAGCUGUCUUCUACAGUGCUAUAGCUGUUACUGUGGUGAGUAUUCAACAUGGUAUGACAUCAUAACAUUGAUAACACCAAUCAGUAUGACAUCAUCACAUUGAUAACACCAAUCAGUGAUUCUCAACAAGUUACAGAUCAUCACACUGCCUGAUACAGUUAGCAACGAUUUGUCACAACUCUACAAGCACCAAGCUGCAAUAGCUAUAUCAGUGGAACGCAUGCUAGCCAGUAAAAACUAUUUGUUAGUAAGAUGAGAGACAGUACGUGAGUGCUGGUUGGUUUUUAACUUCUUACCAUGCUUCCGUGUACGGAUUGUCCCGAUUGAGUUGUGUGGCCCCCAUGUGCCUCAAUUCUUACCUGUUAACUGUAUAGCAGUCCAGUAAACAGAGACACUUGGACAGGGAUAGAGAACGUGAUGGUGGGAACGGGCACGAUGGACAUGGACACGGACCGAGAAGAGCUCCUGCUACGCAUCGCAGCCAGAGAGAGUCGAAACGAAGCGGCCAAGAGUGCCCAGACGGAGACGCCAGCGCUCGGCACAUGUCUUGGCCGUGCACUGUUGGUUGCGGCACCAGUUUGUCCGUUGCCACGGCCAGGACUUAUGCAGAGGGCAAGAGCGCGGUUAAGACCGGCAAUGUGGACAUACGACAAGCCAUCAGACAAGAUGCUGUUUCCAAGACUCGAGAUCAUCCUCAAAGUCAUUUCUCAAAUUUUUCCAAAUGAUCUAACCCUGGCCAUGGAUGAGCCGUGCAGAGGUGCUCUGGAGUCGCAGAGCGGCUUGCAAUCAUUCCUUAACGAUGAGUUCUACCCGGCGUGCGUCUAUUUGAGUGCAAUACGCCAGAGACUGGCCCAGCACACGCCGGAGAUGAUGCUGCGACUGCUGAAGGAGGACGAGUACUUACGGCUAUCACUGCGGCGCAUUCUGCAAGACCACAACCGCUUGUGCGUGUUGGCCAUGGCCCAUGCCAAGGGAGAGUGCCAGGGAGACAAGUUCACGCAAGAAGUACUAGCUAUAUUCUACACACUAGAGUACACUGCUUGCGAACUGUCGCUCAUGUACGGCCAAGAGCUAGGCAUACCCACGCAAAGAGACAGAGACAAGCUAAUGUCCGCCGACGAUGUCAGAAUUGUACAGGCGCGCGAGUUCUGGAAGCAGCACUUUGCGAACAACAUACUUGUCAGCUGGAAAACGUUCUAUGCCGAGUUUGAGGAGAAAGGCAAAGCAGAUAUCCAAAAAGCCAUUGAUCAGGAGCAAGUGGACAGUGAAGAAGACGCACAGGAGCCAGGCCCCGUUGACUUACCUGGUCCAUGCUCUGUGAGGUUUCAGUGCAUUGACAAGGAGAAAGGAUUAGAGGUACACAUUCGCAGACUGCUGGAUUUGACCAGGGAUGGCUGUGUAUCGCUGUACGAAUACGACAUCUUCACACAGCUCAUGCAACCGUUCAGCAAAAUCUUCCAAGCCGUCAUUCUGCUGACCCUGGAUUCGCCAGCAUUCUGCUUUCCCGAUCGCUACCAUCGUGUUCGCCAGGCACUGAAAGAUACAGGCCCCGGCAGCUACAUCUACACGCCCAGUCGGUCACGCCGUGGAAAGUGGGACGUCACUUACAUCACACACAAUAACACAGUUCGCAACAUCCAACUGAACGGCUCGCUAUCAAGAUACCUGACUCGCAUGCAAGAGGUCGACGGGGAGAAGCGCGUGUGCCGCUACCCAGGCGGGAAGAGCCAGGACCCGUGGAACGGCAACCUUGCGCGCUUCUUCCGCGACAAGCGCACCAUCGAGGUGACGGCAGAGAUGGACGCGCAGUACAAGGAGGCCGGCCUGAACUUUGGCGUGUGCAAGAUCUGCACGGAGAGGAGCAAGGAUAGAAUACUGUACCCUUGCACUCACCUCAUCUGUCACGUGUGUCUGGCGAAGCCUGAUCGCCGCGGACGCAUACGCUGCCCAUUCUGCAAGUCCACCAUCAUGUCCUGUGAACAGAUCAUCCUGGAACAGCGGAAGGACGAAGAGGCAGACUGGAACCUGGGCUCUUCGAUUGACGAUGACUCGGAGGACCAGGAGGUUGACACUGAGAAGGUACAACGUUCAACGGAUGGUGGUGACGACGGUGGUGGGCCAGGACAAGAUGAUGACAAGCGUGAUGCUGCGUGAUCGCGUCACAGCUGACCCAAAGCAGAGAGCGAACCCUCAGAGCCUGAUGCAGGCUUUCCGUAACCUGCUCACCUGCUCAGCAAGGGCAAUUGUGAGGGUUAGAGAUGGAGGCAGGCUUUCCAUACAACUAACCCGCUGAGCAAAGACAAUUGCCGGGGUCAGAGAUGGAGGCCAGCUGUGUGUACAACUAACUAACCGGCUGAGCAAGGGCAUGGUCAGGUACUGGACUAUGCCACUGUGGUGCUGUAUACAUAGACUUGAUACACUGUAGUGCUGCACACAUAGACAGGUAACAUAGACUGGUAACAUAGAGUGGGUACAUAGACAGGUACCUUACAGCGGUAAGCACACGGGAUACAACAGAUCUGUUGGUGGUAUCAAGCACACAGUAUAUGUCAUUAUGUCUGUGUGCCACACCGUGCAGAGUAAAGAAACCCAAGCUGUACAGACUGCUGAAACACGGCGCUGCAGCACUGUUGGUUGUAUUUUCUGUUUCUUUAGUCCAUUUCCCACACACAAAGAGGACUACUGACCGGAUACGACCAAUGAUUGUACAUUUCUUACGACUAUAAACCAUAUGAUGACAGAAUGACAGUUACAUUCAGCUUGUAGGGAACGUGUAUACUACUGUAUAGGCAUGUAAAAUAAUCCAUGUGUUGUGUUACUAACUUAGUAUGACAA